GUACCCACGGAAAACGCAGCGGCAAAGCCAUCAGAUAUUUCCCCACACCAGAAUUUAUUCGUUUUCUUCCUAAGGUUCCAGAAACUGAAACAAGGGGAAACAAAAAGUGGAGUCAAGGCCAAGUGGAACCUUCCUUCCCCCCCCCCCGCCCGGAGCAGCGUCAUGGUUCAGCCCGGUUGCCUUGGAGACCGAGAGUAACACCACGGGGAAAGCGGACGCCCGGAGGCGAUGGCCACGUUGGCCCGGCUGCAGGCUCGGUGGACGACUGUCAGACAGCAGUUCUACUUUAGGAACAAUGCUGUGGAUGUGUUUAGAAAAAAAGAGUAUGAUGCAGCAGUUAAAAUCCAGAGCUGGUUUCGAGGAUGUCGAGUUCGGGCAUAUAUCAGGUUUUUACACAGAGUAGCAAUAAUUAUUCAAAAAUGUUGGAGAGGUUACUUAGGAAGACAACAUUAUCAACUAAUUGUGAAGAUUCAGAGACGAUGGCGAGGCUAUAGGAUUCGGAAAUACUGCUUUAAUUAUUUUUAUCUGAAGGCGUACCUGAGAGCUGUUUCAGAGACCAACGAUGCAAUUAGGGAGGCGCUGGACGAGUUUGCAGAGAUGAAAGAAAGGGAAGAGAGGAAGGCCAGCCUCGAAAGGGAGGAGAAGAAAAGAGAUUACCAAGCCCGGAAGAUGCAUUACCUCGUCAGCACAAAGCAGAUUCCAGGCAUAUACAAUUCACCGUUCAGGCAGGAGCCCGACCCUUGGGAGCUGAGGCUGCAGAAGGCGAAGCCUUUAACCCACCGAAGACUCGAGCUUCAGCCGCAGCGCUCCAGUUGCCUUAGCAACUGGCUGGCGUGUACCACGGCGCGGUCCUUCCCUCGCUCCGAGUUUCUGCCGCCCAUCCAUAGGAGACAAUGCCAGGGGCCCUUUCGUGACAUCGCCGAUGUAUUAGAACAGCGCUACAAGCCUUUGGAGCCCACCUUGUGGGUGGCAGAACCCAUGGAUGAGCUGAAAGAAGCCAGGGAGGAGCUCAAAAGACAAGAAUGGAUAAAAAACAUUCACGACAACAUGUUUUUGCCAUUUUCUUCCCACCAUAAGAAUAGAAAGUACAUCCCGUCAAUGCAUAUGUCGAGCAAGUACGAUCCCAGCUCUCACGGGUGUCCGCGGUUCAGAGACGAAGAGCCUGAGAAGUGGAUCAGCAACAAGAAUUUCCAAACUGUAUUGCCACCAAUCGAUCUCUUCUCGAACUAUGGAAAAAUGUAUUCAAAAGCUGGACAAAUUUUAUAAAGAAAAUAAAAGAAGACAGAAUGUAAAAAUGAGGUUAAGGUGUGAAGUGACUGUGGAAUAGAAGACCCCCCACUGCCUGGAACCCUGCUUCCACGGCUGGCUGAGUAACCUUGACACAAGUCAGUCAGUGUCUCUCUCUCUCUCUCUCUCUCUCUCUCUCUCUCUCAUCUGUUCAAAGAAGAAAUGGGAACCAUUUCUGGUUUAUUAAAAAGCUCUAUAAUUCUAGAAAGAAAAUACAAAUGAGGACUUAGGUCAUACUUCUUAUGAUUCAAUAAACUAUAAUAUUUUACACCUGA